UGAACAUUUUGUCGUGCCUUAUUGAGCUGAUUUUACAGAUUUAUGAUUUCAUUUAGAAGGAAGUGGAGACUAAAUGCUAUUUCCAGGAACUGUGAGGGUUAUUCCCAGUCCACCAAGGGAGUCUGGAGUUGAGUCACCCUGAUUGGCCACGCUGAUAGUGUCUGAAAAGAUGGGGGUGAUGAUGCAUGCUUUGAAUGGAUGAAGCUUUACCUGCUAGGUGAAAGACAGCUGUAUCCUCAUUGGCUGAGAGGAGCCACAGUAUUUCACCCUCCCACACAUACACGCUCACACAGUGUGUAAUAGCCAAAAACCGCUCAGACUGAGCUCACACACGGUGGAGGACAGCAGCAGCCUGCAAUCAGUGAAGGAAACAACCUAAAACCUACAUAUUUCAAGCAUUUGACAACAAGAGGAGGAUUGACCAACUACCCAGUGCACUUGUUUAAGCCUCAGAAUCAGCGAUGGCAGUCAGCUCUUUCGACAGAAGACAGUGGGCCUCCCAGUCCCUGCGCGUCACAGCCAAAGAGCUGUCCAUUGUGGGAGCACGGGGCAAGAACACAGCUAUAGCUGAGCGCUUCUCUAAGUACCAGAAGGCAGCAGAGGAGAUCAACUCGGACAAGAAAAAAUCUGGGGAGGGUGUAGCCCCUGCCCUGCGCAGUGGCAACCUCAGUGUUCUGAAGAAACGGUGGGAGGCCCAACAGCCUCUCUCCCCUGAGCCUACAGCCCUGCAGCCCAGGAUUCAGGACCAAGUUAAGGACCCAUCUACAGACACUCCACAAAAUUCUGUAGGCUCUGCCUACAAAAAGACUCUAUCAAAAGCUGCAGAUAUCGAUAUAGACACGCAAGACCAGGUUAGUCAAGAACCACCUCAGAGCCCCAGAGAGCCAGCUAUGGAAGAGUGGGUGCAAGAAGAUACAGAGAGUCCAGAGGCAGCAGAAGUAUCCAGCACACCAAGUGACAAACCCAGCAUACCUCUCAGCAGUCUCAAAAUGAUGUUUGAGAACAAGGUAUCUGUGGAGCAAGUGAAAACAGGAGGAAGUGGCCCUGAGAAAAUGGAACUUGGAGACAAAGGAGGUUUUGAUGCAAUGGUGGAGACUACUCCUCUCAGGGACAGAAUGGCUCUCUAUCAGGCAGCUGUGUCUAAAGUAGAUGUCCCUUCUUCCACUCCUAGUGAACUGGACAUGGAGUUAUGCAGCUCCAGUGUGAAACAGAAGGAGAAUGUCCCUCCAGCUUCAAGGGAUGUGAUCUCAACCUCUGAACCCAACAGCAGAAAGGGUUCAUCAGCAGAGAGCAAUGGCCCUACUGCGACUACUCCUGACCAAGGCCAAAGUAAAGCUUUCAAGAAGUUCCGCCUGCCUGUGCGUGAGACCUGCGUGAUGUGCCUGAAGACCGUGUAUCCCUUGGAGCGCCUAGUAGCCAAUCAGCAAAUCUAUCACAACACAUGCUUCCGCUGUGCCCACUGCAACACCAAACUGAGUAUUGGGAACUACGCCUCUCUGCACAGCAAUGUCUACUGCAAGCCCCACUUCUGCCAGUUGUUUAAGGCAAAGGGCAACUACGAUGAGGGCUUCGGUCACCGGCCUCACAAGGAGCUGUGGGAGGCACGGGGAGAUGAGUUAGAGGAGCAGACGAAGGAUGUCCCAAAGGAAAGCACAGUCAGUCCUACAGUAGAAGAGUCUCCCCUGGAGAAGGUCAACAUACUUGCUGCCACUUUAGAGACACGGGCCCAGUCUGCAUCAGAGUGGGUGGAGAAACCAGUGGAAACUGGCCGGCUAAAGAUUUCCUGGCCUCCAAGGACAGAUGAAGGUGAGGAAGGUUCACCUAGGGCCUCGGUUGAGGGUGCCAUCCGUCCCAUUCUCCCAAAAUGGCCACCAGAGGGCGACUCUUCCCCAAUCAGCCCUGAGAAAGCAGAGCUGUCCUGCCUCGGCAGAAGCUCCUCCCUCAAAGAACGCAGCCGGCCAUUCUUGAUCACUAACUCCGCCUCUCCAGUCAUUCAGCCUAAUGUUCAACCAGUAACGAAAGGGUUCCUAUUUGAAGACGAAAUGACAACCACAGACUCUCCCCUGAGUGCUGAAGACCCUAUGGUUGAACUGGCCAGUCCCGCACAGGACGAAGAGGAAGUAGUGGCUGAACAGGAAGAGGAGGACAAGAACAAUGAGGAAGAAAUGGACAGAGGAGAACAAGAGGAAGAGGAUGUUACAGAGGAGAAAGAUGGCCAACAGGAAGAAGAGGAGCCAGCAUCUUUAACAUGCCAAAGUACUUCACUGGAUAUCACGCCCCCUUCUUCACCCCUAAGUGAAUCAGAGCCAGGCUCCGGAUCUGAAUCAGAGCAGCAGAAAUGCUCUCAGGACGUGGGAUUCUGGGAAGGAGAGGAAGACCAGGCUGACGAGUCGGUGGAGGAGCUGAUCAGAAGGAAUCGUCAUUACGAUGAGGAGGAAGAAGAUUGAUUGUUCCUGACUCACGUUUCCAAUAAAAGAUCAAAACCAAACCAGUCUAUUCAAUUCCACUGACGAGAAGGGGGUCAGCAUUUUUCAUUGUCUUUCUGUCCAAAGCACAAUAGGACAUUUUCCCAGACGUGGAUUAAAGGAAUAGUAAAAAAAAACAAAAACAAAACAACUAGUAGAAAAAUCUAAACUUCUCCUUAUCCAUAAUGUAGUCCAAUCAGCCAUAACAUGCCUAAAGUUUGGUUCUUUAGUUUUGCACCAGAGUUACAAGUCUAAUUUAGCAAAUAAGCAGUGGGACCUUGUUCCCCACCAACUGUGCAAACAACUACAUUUGGAUAAGAGAAAAACAUAUAUAAAUUAGAUUUUUCACUAAACUAUGCCUUUAAGGCUAGUCUCGGAUUAAACUGUGAUGCCAAUGCUGAUUCACAAUUAAACCUGUAAGCUGACCUAAUAUGGGUGUGGGAAACCACAUAUUAUUAGAUGUGUAUCGUCUAAAGUGUGCCAGUCUCGCACACUGUGCAAUUAGGCUCUUUGUCCUGAGCUUUCUUUUUUGUGCCUGUGUAUUUGAAUGUAAGUCAACAUAUACAGAAACCCUCAAUAAUCAUUUGGCCAUCCACAAAGGUUUUUAGGGCCACGUUAUAUGCAACCAACACAUGAAAUAGAUGGACAAGCACAGUUUCCAGGAACACUGAUGCAUUUGGUACUUUUUACAUGUAUAUCUUUGUUUGUCUUUUAUUUUCUUUUUUUGUAUAUUAUAAAUGCAUGCUUCAUGCCACUUUUAUGGUGUUCUAGUCAAAACCUAUUUUGUAGGGGCUUUUAUCAUGUUGCCUAUUAGUUGGUUUUAGAUGGUGCUGCACAGUCCUGAAUAAAAAAGCAGUAGAUAUAUAGAAAACAGCCUACUGUUACUACAAUACUUGUUAAGGUCGUUCAUUGUGGUUCAUAUGCAAGGUUCUUUUUGUUUUUUCAUCAACUAAGACUUUGUGGUUAUUCAACUGCUACAUGUGCUGAAGAGUGGUGUAUUACAUUUGCACAGAGUUUGGAUUUGGAAAGGAAAUUUAUUCUCCAAAAACAAAGACGUUUGCGUUUUAGUUAGGUGCGUAGAAAUACUGUGGGACGCAAGUGGUCUUUACUUGCUGUAAUGAAAAAUUGUGUGCACUAUUUGUGUAUGUCAACCUAGAAUCAGUUACUUUUAAACUUUUCAAUUGCACAUUUGAUAUUUUUUAUCUGAGGACCAAAUUUCCUGCAACACUGUUGUUCAAUAAAUAU